AUGGCCAUGACUUUGCAAAGCAUGGCAGCUGCAUGCUUAUCACGCGCCUUCCCCCGGCUCGCUAGCCAGGGUGUUUUCCCACGGAAUCGAGCGAUCGAAGAAAUCAAGCGAGAAAUGCGCCUGGAAAAGAGCUUCACGAUUGCAUUUUUGUGUUCAAUCAUUCUAGGCCAUUCAGCCAACUGGCAUGCUGAUUCGGAUCUCGGCCUGCCACUAUAUCGAAGCGCAAAGAGGCUUGCUGAGACUGCUUGCGUUACAACAUCCCAGGAGAGCACCAUAUCUGAUCAACGCAGGUCGAUUUUCUUCGACCAAGCGAUGAUGUAUUGGCGAACAAUCCUGUCUUUUGUCUCGGAUGACGCUUAUAUUCAUGAACGGACACUUAGAUCAUCCGAGAGUCUACUCCAAGUACAGUCCGCCCCUCAUCCAUGGGCCCUAAUCGCAACGGAGAUGAUGGAUGCCAUACCAGAAGUCGGAGCUACAAUCCAUGCUCACAGGCAGAAGCACGGUCAUCUCUGUGUUUGGAAAAGGCUACACAUUGAGGACAUCCAAAAAGCUAUGUCAACGUGUGAACGCCUGGAGCAUACAUUAAUCCAUUGGGCUUUACUAGCCGAACACGAAAUCCUUGAUCCGGGCACCAGCUCCACACCAAUUUCUCAUUUCCUGGCAGUCUCGCAAGCCUACCGGCUCACUGGGCUCAUUCAAAUCUACCGAACCUUUCCAGAUAUCCAUCUCAGUCGGCUUAAAUCCGGCGAAUCAGUGCCGGCGUUCGAAGAGGUCACGUUACCCACAGCAGAUGAUGCUGAUAAUAUUCCUGAUUGGAUGCCAAAUCAAUGGCUCAGAGAAUUGAGCAUGUACGUGGUCGACGUCCUCAUGGCCGUCCCUUUCGAGUCAUAUACACGCUCGAUACAAGCCUUUCUGUAUGUUGCGCUUUCCAGCGAAAUGAAACAUGCUAAUUGA